ACGGAUUCUAUGUUGGGUUCAGGUGCUGGUGUAUGGAGCCUCCCAGACCCUGUGGACUAUAUUACUCCUAUUAACUAUGACAAAAACGAUACAGUUCAUCAUACGUCAUGGAAAAUAUAGACAUUUAUUAUUUUGUCGGAGGAUCCAUCAGUAUACGGUGUCAGAACUGUUUCAGCCUCUACAUGUUAGACCCAAAGAUGCCAUAGUGAAGGAGGAGUCAACUUCUCUCUCCCAGAAGCUGUUGGUGGACUGUGGUGUAAUAAACUGCAGGAGUAAUGGGAUGUUUGCCUUGUUACCUCUAGGCCAACGAGUCAUUACCAAGUUGAUGAAGGUUAUUGAUGAGGAGAUGAAGCUUGUUGGUGCACAGAAGAUGUUGUUACCUUUACUCACUAGUGGUCAGCUGUGGAGAGCAACAGGUCGCUGGGAAUCAACUGGUCAAGAGUUAAUGAAGGUACAAGACCGACAUAAUAAAGAUUAUGUACUAAGUCCAACCCAUGAGGAGGCAAUAACAAACUUGGUGUCAGAAGUAUAUCCACUUUCACAUCGACAACUACCCCUGAGCCUCUACCAGAUCACAAGCAAGUUUCGUGAUGAGAUGAAGCCACGCUUUGGUCUGUUAAGAUGCAAGGAAUUCAUGAUGAAAGAUCUCUACACUUUUGACAGUUCAGAGGAAGCAGCAGUUACCACCUAUAAUAAGAUAUGUGGCGCCUACGACAGAGUUUUUCAAAGAAUUGGUGUUCCGUUCUUAAAAGUUGCCGGGGACUGUGGUAACAUUGGUGGUAGUUUCUCACAUGAAUACCAUUACCAGGCGGCAAUAGGAGAAGACACUCUGCUACUUUGUGAGGCUUGUGGUGUUUCAACCAAUGCUGAGCUGGUGACGAACUCUGAUGAUGCUUCCUGUGACAAAUGUGGUAAUCACAUGACUAAGACAGCAGGAAUAGAGGUAGGACACACCUUUCUCUUGGGAACAAAGUAUUCUGGACCACUGAAAGCUUCUUACCAGAAUGAGAAGGGUAAGCCGGAGCUGCUCCAGAUGGGGUGUUACGGCCUUGGAGUCUCCCGUAUUAUGGCAGCAACAGUGGAGGUACUGUCUCAGGGGGACUGUAUCAGAUGGCCUUGGGUCCUGGCACCAUUCAAAGUCUGUUUAAUUAGUCCAAAGAAAGGAAGUAAGGAAGCGAGUGCUGUGUCUUGGGUGGCUCACUUAGCUGACGUCAUCAGUUCUAUACCAGGUUUUGAAGAUGAUGUAAUAGUAGACGACAGAGACACACUCACUAUUGGGAAACGUGUGAUGAAAGCAAAGGAAGCCGGAUACCCCUUGAUUAUUGUUGUGGGGAAGGCAGCGUGUCAAGAUAUACCGCUGUUUGAAGUUAUUAAUACUAAAAACAAUGACUCACAGAUUUUGUCACAUAAACUCUUGAGUGGAUAUUUAAGAGAAAUAUCAAGGGAACAAUGAUAUUAUUUAUAUGAAGUUUAAAUGUAUAUAGUUAAUUUUUAUACAAGUUUACAUUGAUUCUGUAUGAGGAUAGACACUGCUGGUAUAGAAAUGAUGCAAGACUAAAUUCUAUCAACAGCUUGUAAAUUUUGUUGAACAGAUGGCCAUUAUCAUAAUAUGUGGAGUCCACUUAUACUGUACUUUCAGAGGUUAACAGUUUAGGACAGUUUCCCUUCAUAUGGAAAGAGGUUAAAUGAAACACAAGUUUGGCAAGAUACCUAACAGACAACUUUUGGACAAAUACUGUGCCAUCUUGUGUAACUUCAGCAGUCAUCUGUAUUUACUGUGUUGAGUGGAUUUGUAAAGUUGUGUCAUUCCUGAACAUUGUUUAUAGUGGACAGAUGGUGGUGUGGUAGUGAAGGAAACAUGACAAUGAGUCGCAGCUUUAAUAUUGAUUUCGGGAAUAAACCUCCAUCUCCUGGUCAUAUUUCCUUUACUACCACACUACCAUCUGUCAUUUCUGUCAGUCUUUAUAUUAAUUUACAAUCAAUAAAAUUUUGUAAA